AUGGUCACACAUGAAAUAGAUAAUGAGACUGUCACCACAGAUUUUAUCCUUCUGGGACUCUGGCCUGAAUUCAGUCAUCUUGUGAUCCUCAUCUGCAUCAUUCUUCUGGUCUACUUUGCAGCUGUGAUGGGCAACACUGUUCUCAUUCUUCUCAUCUGGUUGGAUGCUCGACUCCACUCUCCCAUGUACUUCCUGCUCAGUCAGCUCUCUCUCAUUGACUUGGCCUUGAUCUCAACUUCUGUCCCCAAAAUGGUCACCAACUUCUUUUCAGGGAAGAGAACCAUAUCUCAUAUUGGCUGUGGAACCCAGAUCUUCUUUAGCUUAACCCUGGGGAUUGCUGAGUGCCUCUUGUUGACACUCAUGUCCUAUGACCGCUACAUUGCCAUCUGUAACCCUCUGCGAUACUCAGUCAUCAUGAGUCACACAAUCUGUACACAAAUGGUCAUUGGAUCCUGGGUAGGAGGAGCAGUAACUUCCCUGGUCCAUACAGCCUAUGCCAUGCACUUCCCAAUUUGUCGCCCACGAAAGAUUCCUCAUUUUUUGUGUGAAGGCAUGGCCCUCUUGAAGCUCACUUGUGAGGACAUUUCAGCCUACGUGAAAUCAGUGGUCGUCUCGAGCUUUUUGGUGGUCCUUAUUCCACUGAGUCUCAUUCUGACCUCCUACACCCUCAUCUUCCUCACUGUACUCCGCAUGAACUCCCCAGAGGGCAGGAACAAAGCUCUCACCACCUGCUCUUCCCACCUCUGUGUAGUGAGCCUGUACUUUGGCCCUGCCAUAUUGGUCUACAUGAGGCCAGGUUCCUCUAAGACUCCCAGAUUAAACCAGUCACUCUUUAUGUUUAACGCCAUCCUGACCCCUAUGCUUAACCCUCUCAUCUAUAGCCUGAGAAACAAGGAUGUCAUAGCAGCUAUGAAGAAUGUAAUCAUCAGCAGAUGUCCCCAGGGAAAGAUGAAAAUCUGUACCUGA